UGUCUUUUAAACCGGAAAUGGAGAUCCAGAAAGGUUGAAUGAAAGAGGUUUAGAUUAGAUAGCUAGUAAUCCCAUUAUAAUCAUCUUUCUAACGUUUUAACACCUUAAAACCAUAGCAUGACAUCGUCUGACAGCUUUCGACCAUUCGUGAAAAAACCCUCAGGUGUGACCCGGCAGCUCAGUAAGGAUGAGGUGGGGCAACAGGCUCGAGUUCUCCUCAACCAGUUCAUACAGGACAGACUGGCCACUGAGCAAAGUGAAGAGCAAGUGUUGCAUAUGGAGGAUUUACAAGACCCCGGCACACCCACAGGUCCUCCACUGGAAUAUGUUCGAGAAAUUGGCAGAGCUUUACGUUGCAUAGGAGAUGAGCUAGAUAGAAAUGAACAAAUUCAGAACCUGGUUGACCAAGUAACCCCAAGUGCAAACCAUGAAACUUUCUUCAAUGUGGCCAACAGUUUCUUUUCUGAUGGUGUUUACAACUGGGGCAGAGUGGGAUGUUUAUUCUACUUUGCCUACAAAAUGGCAGUAAAGGCCUUGAGUAAAAUUAAUUUGAUCAGAUCUAUAGUGAACUGGGUGGUGAACUUUAUCACAGACUACGUGGCCGGCUGGAUCAUAGAUCGAGGGGGAUGGGAUGCCAUCAUAGAAUACUUUGGGACCCCACAGAAUCAGUUUUUUGGAGUCGUCGGCUUAGGAAUAACAGUUUGUGCUGGCCUUUACCUUUGGAAGGCACUCAAAUAAAACUGACUUAGAACAUUAUAAAUUCCAUUUCAAAUUAUGAAGUUUGCAAUUUACACAUUUUGUAAUCAAUAUUUUGAAAUUGAAAAAAAAAAAUAUUGCUGUAAGUUUUUAAGUAUGAUUAUACACAUACUUGAAUUCAAAGUUUAUAUUAACAUUUUGUAGAGCUUUAUUGUGUGGAUUUUGUGAACUUUUAUUAAUAAUUGCAAAAAAAGAAAAAAAUUGUUUUAAAAAAAUAUGUAUUAUUGGCCAAUGUCAUCAUUUAUAAUUCUUUUUUACAUUUCUCAUUAGUUGUAAUGACUGUUGUCAAUAUAAUUGACUUAUGAUUGUGUUAUUAUUCAACUCUGUUAUGAUAAAUGACUUGAAGCUUAUUAUUCGCCAUCUGAUACGAUUUGCACUGUUUCCUGAUAAACAUGUACCUUAAGAAGAUUCAAUGAGAUUUAAAAGUGUUUGGUCUUUUACUCUGGAAGUGCUGUAUUGUUGCUUGUAUUUAAUACAUUGUGGAGACGUUGAUGUAGAGAGUGUUACUAUUUAAAUACACAUAUAUUUUUUUUUGCUUUGGUAAAUAGACAUAUGAAUGUAUCAUUAAAAAAAAACCAAAAUUUUUCAGGGAAAAGGGUGGCAGUGACCAGCUAGUAACCAAACUUUGUGUCUUUAUAGAUAUUGUGCUAUUUUUUAAAAUUAAUCAAGCAGUUCUUUUGUCUAAAGUUUUGAGAAUUAUCUCUCUUGUAAAAUAAAAAUUAUACAUGUACCUUAAAACUUGAAAAUUUUAUAAUACAUGGAUAUCCUUUAAGUGUUUUGAGAGCAUAAUACAAGUCUGCAUGUACUAUAAAUGCUAAAUUCAAGGUAGUUUGGGCAAAACUUCAGUGUCGGACCUUAUUGCCAUGCCCCUCACAAUGGUGAAGAUAAGUGAUUGCUCUUUGAAUCAGUAUGCUACAUGUAGUACCUAUAAAUUAUGUGAAGUAAAAGACUUGUUGGAGAAACUUUAUGAAAUGCUCAAUUUUCUCAGAGAAUAACAUGUUUUGUGUACUCUUUUUGACUCAUUAGGAUUUCAGGGUUGGUAUAUUGAAAGAGAUGAUAUGGUUUGUUAUGCAGUGAUUGUAUUACAAAGAUCAGGUGUUUUGCAAUAUAAUAUAUACACUGUAGCUUAUUCCAUAGGAUGACAGGAUAAAUGGUUGAAUGUGUUGGAUUUUGACUGCUAGGAGGGAACAUUUUGUAUUACAUUACAUUUUGUACAAUACAUUAUUGUAUUACUAUUUUUAAACAUUUGUUGUAAUAUUUAACAUUAUGUUCUGCUUUAUGAAUGAGAUAGGUGUUCGAAUGGGACACAUUAAUGUGGUAUUAAAUCAAUAAAGGUCACCUGAACGUACAA